AACGCUCCGCUUCUGCAUAGCGGUUCUGACAAUGAGUUGUGUGUAUUUCAUAGUUUUUGUGUGCUAUUGUUAAAUUGUAGUACAGUACGUAAGACAAAUCGAUUUUACGAUAUGUUACAGCAAUAAAAGCGUGUGUGCGGUAUUGAUCACACACAUGAUAAAAUUGUCGUACAUAUAGCAUUGCGAUUUACCCCGAUUUUAUUCUAAGCAAGUUUAGUGAGGUUAGACUAUCGAUAUUGACAAUUAUUCAUUAUCUUGACUCGCGAAUAAUUUGAUAAUAUGUCAAAUUGGCGAGCGAGUCACAGCAACAACGCAGAUCGAAGAGACGUUACUUAUAAAAGUAACAGAGAAGACAGGUGUGAGAGGAGUAAUGAUUCUUACAGAGACAGAUCACAGAGAGAUAGAAGCAGAGAACACAGAGGUAGCAGACGUGAUCACUUCAGAAAAGACGACGAAAAGCAGAAUGGCAGGAGAAAAUAUGACAGAUCGCCGCCACGAAGAGAGAACAAUUAUUCUCGGCACAGAGAACGUAAUGAGAGAAGUAGGAGUAAGGAGAGAAGAGAUGACUCUGGAAGGAGACGCAACGAUCAGUACAAGCAAAAGAGGAGCCCGGAGGAUGUAAGAAUGAAGAAGGAACCUUCCCCCGAAUGGGGAAAAUCAAAUGUAAAGAAUGAGGAUAAAUCAAAGCAACAGGAGAAAGAGAAACCCAACUUUGAAUUAUCAGGAAAGUUGACAGAAGACAUGAAUACUGUCAAUGGAGUGGUUAUAAAGUAUGCUGAGCCACAAGAUGCCAGAAAGCCCAAACGCAGAUGGAGACUGUAUCCCUUCAAAGGGGAGAAAGCAUUGCCUACAUUGUACAUCCAUCGACAAUCGGCGUAUCUCAUGGGCAGAGAUCGUAAAGUAGCUGACAUACCCUUGGAUCAUCCUUCAUGUUCUAAACAACAUGCCGCUCUGCAAUAUCGUCUAGUCUCCUUUCAAAAAGAAGGUGGUGUCGAGGGCAGAAGAGUACGACCAUAUAUCAUUGAUUUAGAAUCAGCUAAUGGCACCUUUGUAAAUAAUGUAAAAUUAGAACCAAGGAGAUACCAUGAAUUAUUAGAAAAAGAUGUGAUAAGAUUUGGUUUCAGCACUAGAGAAUAUGUUUUGCUACAUGAACACAGUAAGGAUGAUUCCUUCGACGAUGAUGUACCUCUUACAAAUGCAACUUAGGAUUGAAUUUUAAUGGAGAAAAAUGUCCAGUAAGCACGUAUGAAGACUGAUGCAGAAACUGAGACGAUUUGUCAGAAUCAAAAGGAUAGGAUAUUUUCCAAUUUAUGAUUCUUAUGAGAGAAAAGCUAAGGUACAUAUAUAGAUAGAAGAUCCCAUUAACAAAUUUUUGGACUCUUGAAGAUUCUUCAGAGACCCUUUUAUCCGCAUUAAGUGUUACAUAUGAAGAUAUAUAAAAUAGUAAUUCUUGAAAAUUCCUGAAAGUAUUUAAAAAAUCCAAACUUUGCUUGUAGUAACUCCAUCUUUUUACAUUUUCUCGCAGCAUCGUUUUAAUAUUUUAAAAGAAUUGAAAUAUAUCUU